AUGGGCAUCUCAGCAGUGACAGACAGAGUGAAACUUCCUGCAUUCUGCCGGGGAGAAAGUGAGCUCAAAGAUGAUAAAAGAGCUGAAAUGAAGAGGAACCUAUCUGCGAUUAUGGAGGCUUCCAAGAGUCGUAGACUUUCCCAGACAACAGUGAAGAAGGGGAAGACCACGCCACCUACAGGUGCAAGGAAAGCCACUCUCAAAUUUGAAAUCUUGUUUAAGUUAUAUGUCAAAGGUUUUGGUUACAAAGCCAAGAGGUCUGAACAGGGUGGUGGAGUGCGAAAUUUGGACCUACCAAGACACGCCACAGAAAAAGAAUGUCUUUUAGAGCUGAAAAAGAUUUUCUUUCCAGAAGGCCAAAGUCUGGUCGGAAAGGCGGAUGACAUAGAAUUUAAGCUUGCCUAUUUCAAGUGUCGGACCAUUUACAUAUGCAAGGACUUUUCACUGGAAAGAUAUAAGCAAAGAUACGGUUUGCAUACACCCCGAUUAUUCCGUCUCAGAGGCAGCACAGUUUCAUCAAAGGAGUCGNCAAUAGCCUUAAAUUGAGUCAAAACAGCUGUUGUAGGCAAACACGCUAUCCUCGCAUGGCUCCCUCAAGUGGAUAUGAGAACAAUUCUGAUUCUCUGGGAGGAUGCAUUUACCUGUUGACCUUUGUAAACUUUCGUGUAUGGUUUAUAAAUACUCUUCAAAGGGCAAAAAAGCAAGGUUUUACACAGCCAGGCGACGAAGCCAUGCAAAUAUACAUAUUAAUGAUAUAAAGCCGUGAACUUGGGUUUCCUGUGCAUAUGCACUUAGAACUCUUCCGUUUUCAUACCAUUCAUGCUCUAUGCAUGAGUGAAUACUGCACCCAAACUAUACCUGUACAAAACCGAACUGUACUGUUAUAAAGUAAAUGCAACUCAAGAGUUAACAGAUCACCAUUUUUCUGUCUCUUUCAGGUAACACAUUACUUAGAAUCUACCCUGAGUAGUGAAGUUGCUGCAAAGUUGAAAAGGUAACGUGAAAACGUAAUUCGCAAAAGAUUAAAAAACGUAUUCAAUCAUACUGGUGCACAUUUUUGUCUGAUCUUGGGUUUAGUAAAGAAGCUCACCCUUGGUUCCUUUUCUUUCAAGCACUCUCAAAAUUGGGGACAUGACUUUAAAUGGUCCGAUCGACAGUGGAAUUCCUUCUGUUCAUCUUUUGGUAUACUUUAUGGGAUCGUCAACAAUUCUCUCCAUUUCGACUCAAUUACAAUUAAAACUUAUAUAGCGCAUCUUUUCAUGGCACAAGAUCAACUGCGCUUUACAAUUCGUUAAAAAGGCUAAAAAUGAAUAAAAAUUACAAGCAGGUAAAAAGAUUUUUACUAAACAAUAAUAUGCAGGUAAAAGGUUACGAAAAUGAAAUAAAGUGAUAAUAACAAAUAAAUAUUUGAUAACGACUGACACACUAUUAUCUCUAGAUGUAAACAGGCUGAUAAAACUGCAAUAGCCAUUAUGUCCUAUAAGGAGUUAAGUGACAUGGGCAUCUCAGCAGUGACAGACAGAGUGAAACUUCCUGCAUUCUGCCGGGGAGAAAGUGAGCUCAAAGAUGAUAAAAGAGCUGAAAUGAAGAGGAACCUAUCUGCGAUUAUGGAGGCUUCCAAGAGUCGUAGACUUUCCCAGACAACAGUGAAGAAGGGGAAGACCACGCCACCUACAGGUGCAAGGAAAGCCACUCUCAAAUUUGAAAUCUUGUUUAAGUUAUAUGUCAAAGGUUUUGGUUACAAAGCCAAGAGGUCUGAACAGGGUGGUGGAGUGCGAAAUUUGGACCUACCAAGACACGCCACAGAAAAAGAAUGUCUUUUAGAGCUGAAAAAGAUUUCUUUCCAGAAGGCCAAAGUCUGGUCGGAAAGGCGGAUGACAUAGAAUUUAAGCUUGCCUAUUUCAAGUGUCGGACCAUUUACAUGUGCGAGGACUUUUCGCUGGAAAGGUAUAAGCAAAGAUAUGGUUUGCAUACUCCCCGAUUAUUCCCUCUCAGAGGCAGCACAGUUUCAUCAAAGGAGUCAGAUGACGAGGAAUUGAAGAAGUCUCAGUUUGAAGACAGUGGGUCUCAAGAACCUGAAGAGAUGCAAUCUCGGUAAAGGAUAAGGGCCAGCCUGUUGCAGCCCGCUUGAGCACAACCUCUGCAGAGCCUUUAGUGCACAGUAGCUUAUCAGUAGAACAUGCUAUGGAUGGAUUGAUCGGGAGAUCUGAAGAACGCAGAUUAUUCAUGGAUCAGCUUCAGGCAGAUUACGAGGCAUCUCUAGCAGCAGAUAAAGGAAAAGAAUUGGCAAAGGAAGCAAGCAUCCGAAGAGAAGCUCUCUAAAUGUCAAGGAUGAACCGUGUCCUGCCCAAACCAGCAUUACAAGAGCCACGCGUGAUGGUUUCUGUUCGACACCCUACCCUUAGUGUCAUCAGGAGGGAAUUUCCACCCAACUGCACAAUUAUGGCAUUGUACGAUUGGGUUGGGUCACUGUCCACCCGUCCAGAACAUUUUGCUCUCUGUUUCAGCGGCCCUUAUUGCACUGCUUACCCCGAAGAUGACAUUAAGUCUGUCAGUGCUUUGCAUGUCGGAGCAACAGUUCUCCAUCUCUUUGUGCAGAGAUGAUGACGAAGUUGCGGUUUUCAAUGCUCAACCUGACAAUAACGACAGUGUUGAUGACACUUUGUCUGAUUACGAGUUCGAAGCAGCAUUUGCAUCAUAUGGUGUUGCAACCGACACCUACAAACAACUUGAAGAGGUCCAGUCGCAUCCCCCAGCGCAGCUUUCGGAAGAUGAUUCUGAAGUCUCCACCAGCGAGCAAGUGAACAUUCAGAUAUUGAAAGGCCUAAGUGCUAAAUGUCGAAGUGUAAAGGAACAGUUUGAA